AUGAAUGAAACUCCCAAAAAGUUAUCGCACCGCGAACAAUGUUGUUUUCUCUGCAAAAAGGUGUUAGCUAACGAGCACGAUAAGAUCAGCGUGUUUGGGAAAAGCACCAUUGGUAUUCCAACUUUGGUUUUGCGUGCAACAAAAGUUGAUCUGUCCUUUUAUGUGAGAUGCGAAAAAAUAGCGAUCUGUCGCAUGAGCUGCUAUAAGCGACUAACACGAUACAAAAACUCAUUACGAAAAGUGGACGAGAUUGAACAUGAAAUUGCACUGAAAUAUAAUAUGUUAGUUCCAGCAAAAAGUACGUUGCCAAAUAGCAAAAGGAGUUUAGCUUUUGAAGAUUCGCACAUUGAAUCAAAUGCGACUUCAAGUAUCAGGGAAGUUCCUGUACCCACUGACAUUACAGUUUUAAUGCCAAACCCAAAUAUACCGUUAACAUGUACGCCUAUAAAUAAAGCUAAAACUCCGCACAGUUUACCUGAUUUCGAACAGACUGAAACUGUAUCUGUGCCUGUGGAAAAGAAAACCAAAUUGUCUCUUACUGUGCAAUAUCCAAGUAAGACUAUUCGAAGGGAAUUGAUUGAUGAUUUUGCGAUUCUUGGCGAAGCAAUCGCUCAUGGUUCUCCUCAAAGGAUUGCAAGGGCUGUAUUAAAGAAUAGUACGGUAAAAAAUACAUUCUUGAAACAGUUUUAA